AAGCUAUGAAAGGAAGCGGACAGACCAUUUGGAAUUAUCUAAUAAGUAUUACUUGAGAAAAUAUAAUUAACAUCAGUUUGUGAUUCAGAUAUUUUUUUAGGCCAGCAGAGAAGGUCUUGCAGGCCUUGGCGGCCCACCAAGGCUUAAAGGAUCUUCUAAAAUCAUUAACUUUGGGGAAGUGAUCCAGUAUAUUCUUUCCUGAAGUGAUACUUGGUUCAGAUGGUAGGCCUUCAUCCUUUCACUCAUCCUUUCUGUAAAGGUUAAUCAGGAUCAGUACAGAUUUUCUACAAGAAUCUUUUUCUGCAACAUUUGCACAUGUUAAAACAUGUAUCCUCCAGAUGGUUUUGUUGUUAUUUCAUGCAUCAGUUACAUCCUGAAUGAAUGAGGACGACUUGCAGCCUGGUCAGUCAGGGUGUGAUCAGGAUGUGAUCCAGGCGGCCAUGUGACACACACAGGCAGGCACAGAGCCCACAGACCAGCAGAGUCCAACCGGCUGCGGCGCACCGACCUCUGCACCGCUCCGUGCCCACGAGCCACGCAACUGCACGAGCCACACCGAGGCAAGUACUCCCACUUUAAUCUGAAGAUGACACUCUAGAUAUGCGCAUAGAUUUUAUGGAGAUGUCUGCGGCUGGAGGUGGCCAGGGGACGGCUGGUCGGUGUCAGAACUCCAGGACGGUGAAGAGGAGGAGGUGGGGAGGUUUGAGGCAGCAGUGGAAGCUUCUGGGCUUAUUUGAGAUUGAUCAGCAUCAUGAGUUUUAUGGCCUCACCUGUAUGAUGAAAGAGGGCUUGGCAACAGCAAUCCAAAAAUCCACUGACAACACACUAACUACUGAAUUGUCGGAUGAACAUUUCAGAUUAGAGGUUACUCACGUUCAUAAGGAUUUCACUAUGGAGACGUUUGCAGGUCCAGUGUUUGCCAGCCUGCGUAGCUCUUUAGGGAUGUCAGAGCAGGAGUAUCAGCAGUCUCUGUGCUCUGAACACUGCUACCUCCAGUUCAUCAGCAACUCCAAGAGCAAGGCUGAUUUCUUCCUGACAAAUGACAAACGCUUCUUUUUGAAGACCCAGAAUAAAAGGGAAAUACGAUUCCUUCUAUCCAACCUGAAGAUCUACAUGGAACUUGAGGAAUUUCCCCAUUCACUGCUGGUCAAGUUUCUCGGUGUUCACAGGAUCAAGUUCCCCCACAGGCAAAAGAAAUACUUCAUUGUUAUGCAAAGUGUGUUUUAUCCAGAUGAGAGAAUCAAUGCCAGGUACGACAUUAAAGGCUGUGAAGUGAGUCGGUGGACAGAUCCAGCACCAGAGGGAAGCCAGAUCAUUGUGGUUCUCAAAGACCUCAACUUUGAAGGUCAAUACAUCACUCUGGACCAGCAGCGGCCCUGGCUCCUGCGACAGGUGGAGAUUGACACACAGUUUCUCCGGAGGCUCAAUGUGCUGGACUACAGCCUCCUUCUGGCACAUCAGCCUUUACACCAGGACGAGCGCCAUCAGAGUCUCUCCUUUGCCUCGCUCAUCGUGAGAACCAAAAAAUCUGUAAAUCCAGGCUCCAGUCCUGUCCACAGCGGCGUAGGUGCUGUUCCAGGCGUAGUACCAGAGGAUGACUCAACUUUGCUUUUAUCUGACACUGAUGGCCGCUGUACGAAGCCGGUAGGUGAUGCAGAGAGCGCCACACCAUGCAGUGACACAGCUGAGCUUUCAGACUUCAGGGUCCAAAACCGCCGUUUACUGCCCAACUUAAAGAAUCCGCUACAUGUCAUUGAUGGGCCGGAGCAGCGCUACUUCAUUGGCAUCAUCGAUAUUUUUACUGUUUAUGGUUUCAAGAAGAGGCUGGAGCAUUUGUGGAAGAGGUUGAGACAUCCAGGACGGACCUUCUCCACAGUCAGCCCACAGACCUACUGCCUCAGACUAUGUCAGUGGGUACAGGACCAUACUAAGUAGACUCUGUGUGAAUGGACUGUUAUCAUGAUGUCCAAGCAACAAAAUAUCUACAGUCCACAUACCUGCAAUGUUUUCAAAACUACAUCAGUUCCAAAGUUCCAGUCAUGUCAGCUUUGCACAUUCUUAGACCUUUAUGACAAUGGAAUACAUAUUUAAAAAGAAAAAUUUGUGAAUAUUUCACAAGUAAGACACAUUCACUCAAUUUCUGUUUCUGCAUAAUCAUUGACAGAGGUCUGUAGUCCAUCCCAGCUGACACUUGGUGACAGUGGGGUUCUCAUAUGUCCACAUGUCUGACAUGCAGAGAUAAACAACCAUUCACUAUUACACUAAGCAUUUAAGGUUUUAAGGUGCAUGUCUUUGAACUGUGGAUAGAAGACUGGAGUAUCAGAGAACCAACGCAGAGAACAUGAAACCUCAGAUGGCAGGCUCUGGCUUCAAACCUGGAGCUUUGUUGCUGUGACAACGCUUGCCACUCCACCACUGUGCCACCAGAGUAGAAUAUAGCUUCUCUGGAAUGUGAUGAAGAGGAAGAUAGAUGGCCAAAACACAUCAAACAAAAACAAGCUUCUUACACUCUAGACCCAGAAGUGGCAUAAACUACAUAACAGCCAAGUGAAGAGACAAGAUGCAUGAAAAUCAAGGAUAUUCCACCAAAUACUGAUUUAUGAAGUCUUAAACAUUAGUAAUGUCUUGUUUAACAAUUAAUAGGAACUUGUUUACUUUAUUCAAGGUCUGAGCUACAUUUUUCUUAUUUUGAUCAUUUGUCAUUUUCAGCAAAUUAAUGCUUAAAAUGACAAUAUUUUUUAUUUAGAAUGUGGGAGAAAUGUUGGUAACAGUUUUUAGAAUAAACAAAAAAAAAUGUUCAAUUUACUCAGAUACAUAUGUAUGAUAUAAAAAGCAACUGGACAACAAACAAUUUAGCCAGAGCUGUAUAUCCACGAUUUAUGAUGCAAGAUCUUGCUUAAAUUCAGUUUACAAUUUGCGAUAUUAUUUCUCUACAAAAUCACCUGUAACAAUGCUAAAACAUCUUUCUCUGCCCAAAAAUUUCUCAUCAUGCUCAUCAAAAACCAGCUAAACACACCAGAGUGACUUGUCAUUGAAAGGAUAGUGCAUGUAUUGCUUUGCAUGAAGAGACAGACAGUAUUUCACUCUCCAGUAAGCAGUGCAAAGAUUAAAAUAAUGCAAGGACAGAAUGAAAAAAGAAAUUACCAAAGCCUUUACAAACUGUUCAUUUUGGGAUAUGUUGAUUAUUCCCAGAUGGAACUUCCAGUCUCUGAAAUUCAGAGGUGGCACCCUUAAAAUAUAUAGAACUAUUUAUUUAUCUACUUUUUUGCUUAGUUACUUACACGGUGAAAGAGAGAAUAAGUAUAUCCUCUCUUUCAUCUUUCAACUCUUAACAUGUUUUCUGUCUAUAGCAGGUUGAAUGUUUAUGCUCCUGUAUGAAUGUAUGAACAUGUGACGUUACUCUGGAUUUAUUUUUGCAAUGUACAGUUCUUUGAGUGGGCAUCAACCUCAACAACUAUUAAUCUAAUACUGUGUAGUGCGAACAUGGUUUUCCAAGGUGAACGCCACAGUGAAAGAAAAAAAAAAAGUCAAUAGGAAGACUCUCAAUAAACAUCAACUAGUAUUUAAUAUUUGCUGUAUAUUUAGUUAGGAGAAGCUUUUAGGUGGAUUUACAGCCGUAUUAGGAGUACUUCAGUGGAUUAUUUACACAUUUUUGAUUCUGUUUAUAAUACCUCAUUCUUCUAAUAAAAUCAUUUAUUUAAAACUGUAAA